AUGACUCGCCCCGAGCCGCCCCCAAAAUCCUCCAAAAUCCCUCGAAAUUUUCCGGAUGGCCACGCCUGGGAGCUGUCGCAACAUCAAAAAAAUACGAAAAUGGCACCCACAACAGAGCACAUUCUUCCACCCACCAUGCGUUCAUGGGUACGUACAAGACGUGGUCCUGCCAGCAGUACGCUCCAACUGGCCAGCAUCCCCACGCCCGACGUGCCGACCGAGCCGUCGUCGGAUGUGCUCAUUCGCGUGUCGCAUGCCUCGCUCCAAGUGAGCACUGAGAUGAUGAUGAAGGCAAUUCCAUCUCUGCCCUUUUCUGGCCCGUGGGUCCCCGAGCUCGAAUUGUCUGGACACAUCGUGACCGCGGGCGGCGGAGCCCCGGCCCAGUUGCGCACUCCAGGCACGCGCGUCAUUGCCUUUCGGAACCCCCUCGCGGCCAUGUUGAUGGGUCACGGCGUGCUGGCCGAGUAUGUUCGACUCCCCAGUAAUCAGGUGUGUCUCAUUGACCCUGCAGUGGACAUGGCGGCUGCCUCUGGCAUCCACUGCUCGGGAAGUGCGGCGCUCAACAUGAUUCGAACCGCAGGCGUGCGGGAGGGUCAUCGUGUGCUGGUAAACGGGGCCAGCGGCUCAGCCGGGUCGCUUCUCGUGCAGUUGUGCAAGAUUCGAGGAGCCGCGGUCGUUGGUGUUGCCAGUGGUGGGAACGAGGCCAUGGUGCGCGGGCUGGGCGCCGACGAGUUCAUUGACUAUCGACAACACCUCCCUCUUUCCGCGUAUCUUGCGCAAAUGUACGGCGAUCGGCCGUUCGAUUUUAUUCUGGACUGUGUCGGCACUCAAGAGCUGUUUGUGCACUCGCCAGAUUAUCUGAAGCCCGACGGGGGUGUGGUCAACAUUGGAAUGCUCGAGGGAGUCGGGGUGACGGUGUGGAAUAUGCUCGUCAACAGUUGGCUGCCAACACGCCUGGGAGGAGUGCCACGCCGAUACAUUGGAAUCAGUUCACCCCCGAAGCGUGAUGACGCGAUCUAUCUGGCCCAUCUAAUCGAGCAGGGCCGCCUGCGGAUUCCCGUCGAUUCGGUCUUCCCCAUGGAGGAUGCACUAGGCGCAUACGAGCGUAUCGCCACCCAACGCGCUCGCGGCAAAGUUGUGAUUAGAGUUGGUAGUGAGUAG